AUGGAGGAUGUAAAAGAGCCGCCGACUGUCCACCGGUCCUCCUCCUUCAGUAUCAAGAGCCUCCUGCUGCCCUCCAAGUGCGACAGACCGGACCCCGUCGCUGCUGCCGCCGCCGCCGCGGUCGUCGGCAUCUCCGGGACCUUCUCUCCUUCCCCGGGCUCCGACUCUGACAAGUCGCUGGACCCGCCGGAGGUGGACUCCACGGCUGCGGCUUUGGACCCGGAGAAGCCGGGUAAGGAGGAGCAGGGGGAAGAGGAGGAGGGGGGAGGCGGAGGAGGGGACGGCACCAAGGCGACACCGGAGCAGAAUACUAACGGUAAUAGUAGCGGGAAAAACGGGAAAUAUGACAAACCUCCGUUCAGCUACAACGCCCUGAUCAUGAUGGCCAUCCGGCAGAGCCCCGAGAAGCGGCUCACGCUCAAUGGCAUCUAUGAGUUCAUCAUGAAAAACUUCCCGUAUUACCGGGAGCACAAACAGGGCUGGCAGAACUCCAUCCGGCACAAUCUGAGCCUCAAUAAGUGCUUCGUUAAGGUCCCCAGGCACUACGACGACCCGGGGAAGGGGAACUACUGGAUGCUGGACCCGAGCAGCGACGAUGUUUUCAUCGGAGGGACUACCGGGAAGCUCCGCAGGCGCUCCGCCACCUCCCGGGGCAAACUGGCGAUGAAGCGCGGGCUGCGCUUCGCUCCUCUCGGCUUGGGGAUUAACGAGCGGGCGAACAACCCGCUCUACUGGCAGAUUUCUCCGUUUCUCUCCCUGCAUCAUCACCACCACCAUCACCCGCACUACAAUGGAUCCUCAUCCGGGUUUUUGAACCAGGCGGCCGGCUACGGGUCGCUGCUGCCCGCUGUGGACCAGCUGAGCAACGGGGACCUGGGGCGAUCCAUCCUCGGCGGGUCGGCCGCCGGGGCGCUGGGCUUGACGAACAGUUACGGGAUGAGCACGUCGCCGGUCGGGCUGCUCUCCGGACAGACCGCCGGGUAUUUUGUCUCAGGGACUCAACAUUCAGCGGCACAGGGGCAGCCGGGAGGAGGACCGCCGCACCUCCAGCAUAGCGCGCAGGGGUACGGCGGCCUGACGAGCAGCAGCCCCCCGCAGUCUCUGCUGUCGGACUCGCUCAGAAACAGCUCCCUACCGGCCUUCUCCCCGGGCGUGUCCGCGGGGUUCCCCGGGGUGCUGUCCCAUCAAAAGAGGGUGACCCCAAACGCUUUCCUAAACUGA